AUGGGCUUUCGCGACGCUUGCAUUGUGUUUUGUUGUGAGCUUUCACAAUCUUUAAAGCACAUUGAGGACUCCAUCAAAAAUAUUUGUGCAAAGCUUCACAAUAAACUACAGGAACGACUCUUCAAAGGGAAACACGAUAGUGAAGAAAAGCAACACAGGGAAAAAGACCAGACUCAACAAUGCCUCGGUGGGAGGCCACCGCAAGUUACCACAAUAAAUGAUUUUUUCUCCUGUGGGUUGCCAAAUUUAGGACAGAGUUGCUACAUGAAUUCUGCACUGCAAGGCCUCCUGACGCUGAAAGCGUUUCUUGACGAUAUUAAAAGACAGAAGAUGAUUUGGCAUUCACUUCCUGAUGCUGAUAUCAUCAGAAACUUUGUGAAAGUUGCAGAAGUCAGCAACUUCGAAGACCAGGGCACAAAGUUUGAUGCGCUUCGAAAGCUGAAGAAGGCCGUGUCUCAGUCUUACUCGCAGUUUGAAGACAACAGACAAAAAGACACUCACGAGUUCCUGACCUGCAUGCUUCAUCAGAUAAGUUCCCUCUCACCAAUUCUCGGGGCAAUAGGAGACAGCAUGGGUGUCCCCUAUACCUGCCCUGUUGGAAAUCACAUGGGCUUUGAGAUGCUGAACACCAGGACCUGCAUUCGGUACGAUUGAAAUCCUCUUCAUUUUGACUCAACACACUCAAUCUUGGACAGUAGC